CCCACGGUGUCGCGUUCACGUCCAUCAGCCUCCGGCCGCAGACCCGAGUAGCAGGUGUUUCUCCUUUUGACAGCAGGUUCUGUGCUUCGGGUAGCCCGCAGAUAGAUAAGGUGCGUGAGAUAGGCCAGUUGACGGAGAUUCUAGGAAAGGAGUCGGAGCAGGGGUGUGCGCGCGCUGAACAUGGAGGAAGAUGAAGAGGAAGACUACAUGUCUGAUUUAUUUGUUAAACAGGAUGUCAGGCCAGGCUUGCCCAUGGUGAGGCGGAUGAAGGAAGCUAUUCAGAAAGAGGAAAAGCAAAAAGAAGCCAAUGAGAAGAACAGGCAAAAAAGUAUAAAAGAAGAAGAAAAAGAGAGACGUGACUUGGUGUUGAAAAGUGCAUUGGGCAAUGAGAACAAAGGCUUUGCUCUGCUGCAGAAGAUGGGUUACAAGAGUGGCCAGGCCCUUGGAAAAAGUGGAGAAGGCAUUGUUGAACCCAUUCCCCUGAACAUAAAAACAGGCAGAAGUGGGCUUGGUCACGAGGAAUUGAAAAAGAGAAAAGCUGAAGAAAAACUGGAAAACUACAGAAAAAAACUCCAUAUGAGAAAACAAGCAAAUGAACAAGCUGCAGAUCAGUUCAGAUUAAGAUUCAAAAACAAACAAGAAGAACGUAAAAUGGAAGGGGACCUCCGAAAAAGCCAAAGGGCCUGCCAGCAAUUAGAUAUGCAAAAAGAUAUUGAUGUUCCCAAGGAGACAUGGUAUUGGCUGGAACCUGAAGAGGAAGACAAAAAUGAUGAGAAUGACAAAGAAGAUGAAUGCACAAGCUCAGACAUAAGUGUAUCAGAAAAGCUACAUAUUCUGACUGCAUAUUUGAGAGAACGUCACUUUUAUUGCAUUUGGUGUGGAACAACCUAUGAGGACUCUGAAGAUUUAUCUUCGAACUGUCCUGGAGACAGUGCUGCAGAUCACGACUAAAGCUUUUCUAAAGGAAGGUGA